CUUUAAGAGACCAGCCCUCCUCGCUCUGACAGUUCCAGGGCGAUGGCUCUGUUAAAAAGCUCUGAGCAGCUUCAUCUCCAAUUCAUUGUGUGGUGCAUCUGCAAAAGAGGCUGCAGGAACCAUGAGCCGUAAAGUCGUGAGGUCCAGUAAAUUCCGCCAUGUCUACGGACAGCCGGUCAAGGCCGACCAGUGUUACGAUGACAUCCGUGUGUCCCAGAUGACGUGGGAUGGGAAUUUUUGCUCUGUCAACCCCAAAUUCCUGGCCAUCGUUGUGGAAGCUAGUGGCGGAGGAGCCUUCCUGGUCUUGCCAUUGUCCAAGACUGGCCGCCUGGAUAAGGCGGCCCCGGUGGUCUCGGGGCACACAGCCCCCGUACUGGAUGUGGAGUGGUGCCCCCACAAUGACCACAUCAUUGCCAGUGGAUCUGAGGACUGCAGCGUUAUGGUCUGGGCAGUGCCUGAAACCGGCCUCGUGAGGUCCUUGAGCGAUCCUCUGGUGACCCUCGAAGGCCACUCCAAGCGGGUGGGGAUUGUUGCGUGGCACCCGACGGCGCAGAACCUCCUGCUGAGCGCAGGCUGUGACAAUGCAGUGAUGGUCUGGGACGUGGGGGUCGGGCAGGCGGCCCUCUCCAUGGACGAGAUGCACCCAGAUGCCAUUUACAGCGCGGCCUGGAACCAGGACGGGUCGCUGCUGUGCACGGCCUGCCGGGACAAACGCGUCCGGGUGUUCGACCCGCGAGCGGGAGGCGCCGUUGCCAACGAGCUGCCCCGCCCACACGAGGGCUCACGUCCUGUCCGGGCUAUUACUGUGAAUGACGGAAAGCUCUUUACAACGGGCUUCAGCCGCAUGAGUGAGCGUCAGGUGGCGCUGUGGGACCUGAGGAAACCUGAGGAGCCCUUAACCCUCCAGGAGCUAGACACAAGCAGUGGAGUCCUUCUGCCUUACUAUGAUCCAGACACCAACGUGGUUUACCUGACCGGCAAGGGAGACAGCAGCAUCCGUUACUUUGAGCUCACGGGAGAGGCGCCCUUUGUGCACUACUUAUCCAUGUUCGCCUCCAAGGAGUCGCAGCGAGGAGGAGGCUGGAUGCCCAAGCGAGGCUUGGAUGUCAGCAAGUGCGAGAUUGCCAGGUUUUACAAGCUCCACGAGAGGAAAUGUGAACCCAUUGCAAUGACUGUGCCUCGGAAGUCAGACUUGUUCCAAGAGGACCUGUAUCCUGACACAGCUGGCCCAGAUGCUGCCCUGACCUCCCAAGAGUGGCUGUCGGGGAAGAACACCAGCCCCAUUCUCAUCUCCCUCAAGGACGGCUACACACCCCAGAAGACUAGAGAGUUCAAGGUCAACCAGACCCUCCUUCAAGGGCCCAGAAGAAGCCAACAUUCCCACGAAGGGACAGCGCCAGGGAGUCCAGCUCUGGAGCAGCUCUCGGAGGACCUGAAGCGGCUUCAAGCCACGGUCUCAGAACAGGAACGGCGCAUCUCAGAGCUGGAGCAGAUUGUGAAGAAAUAGCACCUGCCUUUCCACUGCCACCCAACCAAUAGCUGUUCUCCAUCGGUCAUACUGGACUUUGUUUCAUUGGUCUUUUUUAAACCCUUCAGUUUUUUAAUGGGUGGAUCCUCAGGGCAUUAUUAAACACCACCCACCCCCAAACUCAGGGCAGAAAGUCAGCCUGCCAGCUCCAAAUGGGCUUUGCUUUUGGCUAGCCAGGUUCCACCUGCUGCCUUGAUUCUGCCUGGGCAGCACUAAGCUCACCCUCUUGCCAAGUUCUUGCACGCCAGUCACCUCUCUGCCCCCACGACCUGCUGACGCCCUUCUCCGCGUUGCCUCCCAGCUCCCAGAUUAGAUGCAUGGCACCAUGUUGCUGCCUCCUCUGAGAAAACCCACCUCCAGGAUUUUUGUAGAAGUACUGUAGGACCAUCUUCCUGCUUCUUGAGGGCAGUGGUUUUGCCUCACGUUUUAACCAGGGCUGCAAUGUUUCACUGACAGUCAGUUGAACAUUUUGGGUAACUUAGGCCGGGGUUCAUCUCUAUUGGCCAGCAACUCGCAGGGGGUGGGGAGAGUAAGUACUUCUUUUUAAAAAGCAGGUAGAAAGGGCUCUCUUAGACAAAACAUUCCCUCCUGUGUGUGAGAAGGGAAAUAUCUUUUUAAGAUGUAUGCUGCAACAACCGCAAGUGUGCAUUACCUAAUAAAGUACGCUUGUUUCUUUAGAA